GUCAAAUCGUUAUUCGAUCCUGUACAGAUUUCGGCGAUGUUUCGGCGUUUAUUGUUGUGAUCGUCAUAAAUUUGUGUAAAAUGUGAAAACUGUGUUUUACGUCAAUAAAUAUAAAAAGGAUCCCUUUACAAAUUUGUUGGGAGAUGCUCUACCAUUGGUAGAUCAUAAUGCCUCCUGUAAUUUCUAGGAACAAGAAGAGUGGUGCUGAAUAUGAGAAUAUAAUAACAAAUAAAUCCAAUGUCCUUGAUUUUGAAAAAUAUAUACAAGAAAAUAAAACUUUGUUAUUAAAUGAUCCAUUGCGAGACAUUUUACUAUAUCCAUCGGAUGAUGUUUCUAGUGUAGUUCUUCCCCGUCGUUGGAGAACUGUAACGACAGCGGUGCCCGAUGUGAGGACGGCCGCUACUUGCCCCCUACUCACACGACAGGCAUUGCUAAGCUAUGCCUCUAGUUGGAAUCUCGUACAUUACAAGUACAGCAACUACUCGGGCUCUUAUCUUAAUUUGCCUAGACCAAUAGACAAUAAACUCGUUGAAGAAGUUUACGAUAUAGAUACCGAAGCAGAAAAUGAUAAUGAAGCUCAAACGAAGGUUGAUAUGGGAACAAAAGAGGGCUACUUGCUCAAAGGCCCAGAGAUUGGUUCAGAUAGGAUAUUUAGCAAUCUUGCAUCGAAGUCGUUUAAAAAGCGAUUCUGUUCAAUGGUUAGAGAAGCUGAUGGUACCUACAUCCUCGAAGUUUACAAGGACGAGAAAAAAACUGAUACUAAACUCACGAUUGUUAUGGACUUCUGUUCGGAUGUUGUUAAGAAUCCCAAGCGUGGAAAAUUCUGUUUCGAAUUACGUAUGUCGGGCAACAAAGGGUAUACGUUCGCAAGUGAAAACGAGGAGGAUAUGAAUGAUUGGAUUAACGCAUUUCAAGCAGCUCUUAAAAAGAAUCAGGACCAAGACGGUCAACAAACUGACGAAGUUAUGGAUAAAGAUGUAGAUAUAUCCCUGACCGCGGAGCCGCCUCCUCCGACGUACGGAACCCUUAAAGGUCUCGAACACAGCAUGAAUCCUCUUCUAAUGAGGUACUCUCGUGAAACAGACCUCUCGAUAGCCGCAGCACGCAAUGACUGUCGUUCUAACAUAUUCUUUUUGCCUUAUAAGAGGGUACCUUCGCCGGAACCUCAGUUGGAACCUUUCAAAGAGCAUUUUGGCCAAAGAAUUUUGCUCAAAUGUGAAAGCUUAAAAUUUAGAUUACAAGCGCCGAUAGAUGGCGAUAAAGAACUGCUCUGCCAAGUAGAGCCCUAUUUUACACAUCUCGCAAUUUACGAUGCCCGAAGUGGCAAGAAACUCACGGAAAAUUUUCACUUUGAUGUAAAUCACGCCGCAGUGAAGGAUCUAGUCAAAGAAAACGAGUGCACAAAAGCAUUAGUAGAAAAUUUUAGUUACGAUGUUAAAUUAGACGUUAAACAGAUCCCAGAAGAGUGGUUCCGAUCGAAGAGACAGGUUUUAUUAUCGAUAAACAAUCCUCAUCCAGACCUUUUUAUAGUAGUUAAAAUUGAUAAAAUUCUACAAGGGCACGUUAACCAAGUUAUCGAGCCUUAUGUGAAGGCCACAAAGGACCCUCGCUUAGGUCUUAAAGUCCACAAAACCAUACAAGCUUAUGCCAACCGUGUUGGAAACUAUCGAAUGCCUUUUGCUUGGACUGCUAAACCAUUGUUUAAGUUAUACAGCAAUGAUUUAGAUACCACUCCUGAAUUUCCAGCCAUAUAUCGCCAAGAACCUAAUAAAAUGUCCGAUGAGGACAUAUUAAAAAUUUUGUCAGACUACCGAAAAGCUGAAAAGUUGGCUAAACUGACAGUCAUACCUGGAUGGCUGAGCAUCAAUAUACAGCAGAGCGUCGAACAAAUACCGAAUUGUAUGACGAGCUCGUAUGCAGCAUUAAAACCAUUCCCGCUGCCUCCACACUCACCUCUCACACUAGAGCUGGCAACGCUGAACGUAGAGUCCGAGCAACCAUAUGCCGCCUACAUCCAUCACUUAUACGUACGACCGCUGACGUUGAACUUCGAAUCUCAGAAGGUAUUCGUGAGAGCGAGGAACAUCGCCUGCACCAUUGAACUUAAGGAAAAUGACAUGGGUGACGUCAAGCCUUUGCAGGUUAUAUACGGACGUAUAGGUAUGACGUCACAGUACCGUUGCUCGGUACUACAUCACAAUGCAAACCCGAGUUGGUGCGAUGAAGCCAAAAUAAGAUUACCGGCUACCAUCACUCCCACUCAUCACUUGCUGUUUACCUUUCACCACAUAUCUUGCGACCUCGCCAAGAAAAAUGACACGAAUGUCGAAACUUGCAUAGGGUAUGCUUGGGUGCCUUUGCUGAAGAAUGACAAAUUCAUCGAUGAACUAAUCAGUUUACCCAUUGCUACUCAUUUACCAUCUGGGUACUUAGCAAUUCAACCACUCGGUCUCGGUAAAGGGAACACAGGCCCAGAAGUAGUGUGGGUGGAGGGAGAAAAGCCGCUAUUCCGAUGUCAAUUAGUACUAGACUCAACGGUGGCGACAAGGGAUGUACACUUGCACAACUUAUUCUCUCAAAUUGAGCGUUUGAUAAAGAUGAGUUCUCCCCCCACGUCCCCCACCCCGCCACCCUGGCAUGACGUCUGCAACGCGCUCAAAACUGCGCAUGCGAUCGAUUUGACCUCUUUGAUCGCCUUUAUGCCGACGAUUUUAAACCAACUUUUUGAUCUCAUGACAAUUGAAAAAGGAUACUCACUUGAUAUGGGCUUCCAAGUAGUUAAAUUAAUUGUACAUUUUGUGCAUUUGGUACAUGAUUAUGGAAGGAAAGACCUACUGGACAGCUAUGUAAAGUAUGUGUUCAACUGUGUGGAGUUCAAACUGCACACAGUGCUGACGGCUCCUCUCCAUCUGUUCGUGGACCCCAACCAGCAAGACUUCCUCAUAUGUCACAAAUUCAUGCAGUAUUCCAGCUUUUUCUUUGACAUCAUUGUCAAGAGUAUGGCGCAGUAUUUAAUUAACACAGGCAGAAUUAAAAUGUCUCGAAAUGAAAGAUUUCACAGCGACCUAUUGGAAAACAUUGAUAAAUUAGUAUCUACCGUUGAGCCGUCGUAUAUUUUGCAACAACCAAUGCAAACUCAUAUUUUUAACAAAAAUUUGGCUCUUUUUUUAAAAUCGUGUCUAUCAUUCAUGGACCGAGGAUUCAUAUUUCGUCAAGUGAAGAAAUAUUUGGAAAAGUUUAAAUCUUGCGACCCGAAAGCGUUGUUUGACUUCAAGUUCACGUUUUUGCAAACAAUCUGCUCUCACGAACACUACGUUCCUUUUAACUUGCCACUACAAGCCAAUAAGCUAGCCAAAGAUUCAGAUGAAGAACCAUCAAAAUUAAAAUUAACGGAUGAGUUCAUCAUGAGACAUUUUCUUGCCGGGGUCCUCUUGAAACAGGUUGAGCAAUCACUCCGCGAGGCGCCACAGAAGCGGCGUGCGGCGCUGGGCGUGCUGCGCGCGCUGCUCACCAAGCACGAGCACGACGACCGCUACCGCACGCGGCAGGCGCGCGCGCGCCUCGCGCAGCUCUACGCGCCCUGGCUCUCCGUCGUGCUCGAUAACGCUCAUCGUCUGGUUACUAAAACACUCGCAAGCCCUGUUCUAGAAAAUGGUCAUGAUAAAGUAGACGGAGAUAUCACUGGUACGUCAGCUCUCAAUAGCACACAGAAGGAGGUUGUAUCAGCGAACAGUACACCGCGUAGAAAUAGACUAACAUUGCACUUCGACCACACUCCCGUGCGGAACUCAGCUCACUUCAAAGAACCGCCCAAUAUUUCAAAUAACAUGUAUGGAAAAGAUAACGUAAAUAACAUGUCGCAAAGCUCUCUAGAAUCGGUGUCGACGAUGUCGGGCGGUGAUUCUUUGCCACGAAAUACACGAUUAGAUUUGAGUGAAAUCGGUGACCAAGUUAACAGAUUUGGUGUGAUGUCCGCGGAGGAGGUGCGCGAUGUGCUUUUGUGUUUCCUGUUUGUUUUGAAGUACUUGGAUGACGACAGGCUCGUCGAGUGGUGGAAGACUCACUCGCAAGCACAACAACAAUCAUUUUUCAAUGUUUUAGAAAUAUGUGCAGAACAGUUCCAAUAUAUCGGUAGAAAGAAAAUUCUAUCAGAGCUACGUGUCCCGUCACCAGAUUGCAACGGCAAGCCUAAACCAGUAAAAGCCAGGACAUUGCCCGCUAGAAUGAGUCCGCCGGACUUCUCGAAAGAACCACCGAUCAUAGUUGAGAAAAAUAACACCGUUAACAGGGAAAAUCUAGUCAAUACCACAGUCACAAAUGAAUUAGAAACACUGUCCGAGUACACAGUAAUAACAGCCGGCUGCCUCGCUACGGAAGUGGGACUCAUUAUUAUAGAUAGGGUUUGUUUAUUUAUGCGAAACUUUGGAGCAGCCGAGGGGGUUGCUGCAAAACCAUACCUUAAGCUCUUACAGUACCCGCAGAGCGAAACAUUGUAUAAACAUCUUUUCGCGGCUCUGAGAGCGUACAUCAAUCAAUACUCAGAUACAUUAUUUGAAGGCGGCAGCGCGCUGUGCGGCGGCGUGGUGCGCGCGGUGGUGCGGCAGUGCGCGGCGCGCGCGGCGGCGCUGCGGCGCGAGGCGGCGGCGGCGCUGUACCUGCUCAUGCGCGCCAACUUCCAGCACGCCGCCGCCGGGAACCUCACGCGCGUGCACCUGCAGGUCAUUAUUGCAGUAUCAAAAUUACUGGAUAAUUCGACAGCACUUAACUGUAAACGGUUUCAAGAAUCACUUUCAGUUAUAAACUGCUUCGCUACUGGAGAUAAAGCUAUGAAAGGAACAGGCCUGUCUACGGAGGUGGCGGAGUUAAUGCGUCGCGUACGCACCGUGGUGGGGGCGCGCGCUCGCCUCGCGGGCGUCGGCGGCUCGGCUGGAGCGGGGGCGGGCAGCGUGCACCUGGCGGAGCUGCAGCACGCGCUGGCCGCGUCGUGCCGCGCCACGCCGCGCCUGCGCCACGCCUGGCUCGCCACGCUGGCCGAGCACCACGCGCGCCACUGCGACCACGACGAGGCAAUGUGUUGCCAACUCCACAUAGCAGCACUCAUAGCAGAAUAUCUGAAACAACGCGGAACGCUGACUUGGGGCGCUGAAGCCUUUGACGGCUUGUCGAAGAACAUCCCGAGAGACGAAACCGGCCUUAAGAUAGAUGAAGGUAUGACAGACGUUCAUUACAAUGAGCAAGCACUGCUAGAUCAACUGAUGCUGUGUACGGAGUACGUGGAUAAAGCGGAGCGAUACGAACUUCUGGGACCCUUGUACCGCCUCGUGAUACCUAUUUAUGAGCAGAGGAAAGAUUACCAAUCGCUCCUUACAUGCUACCAACAUCUCACCAAAGCUUACGCUAAAGUCAUUGAAGUCACUAAUUCAGGAAAACGACUUCUCGGUAGAUUCUAUAGAGUGGCGUUUUUUGGAAAAGCCCAUUUCGGUGAUGACGAGGAUGGUAUAGAAUUUAUUUACAAGGAACCGAAAUUGACGUCACUGAGCGAAAUCUCAGAAAAACUUCAAAAUUUUUAUGAGCAAAAAUUCGGUGCAGGUUGCGUCAAAAUGAUCAUGGAUUCGGCGCCGGUGAAUCGAGACGAGCUGGACGGCAAGCUAGCGUACAUCCAAGUGACGUGGGUGCGCGCGGCGGCGGGCGGGCUGGCGACGGGCGAGGGCUCGUUCGAGCGCGCGCACAACGUGCGCCGCUUCGUGUUCGAGACGCCCUUCACGCGGGACGGCGCCGCGCGCGGGCCCGUGCACCACCAGCGGCUGCGGCUCACGCACCUCACCGCUGAAAGCUGGUUCCCGUAUGUAAAACGUCGAGUGCCGGUCAUCGAAACGCAAGUGGAAGAAAAAAGUCCCAUAGAAGUAGCCGUUUCCGAGAUGGAAAGUCAGGUGGCCGAACUUGCGGAAAUCGUCAACGCGAAAGCACCAGAUAUUAAGAAAUUGCAACUCAGAUUACAAGGAAGUAUAUGUGUGCAAGUGAAUGCUGGUCCACUGGCGUACGCGAACGCUUUCCUUGACCCCACGUUAGCUCCGAUGUAUCCAGACGACAUGGUCAACAAACUGACGACGACAUUCAAAGAAUUUCUGACAGUCUGCCACGCGGCAUUGCAACUGAACGCCAAAUUAAUAAGUUCGGAUCAAGUUACAUACCAGGAGGCUUUGGAAACGAACUACUACAAGUUAAGCGACUCGCUAACCACCAUGCUCGGUCAGCCUCUACAAGACAUACUUGUUAACGGAAACCUAAGCACCACCGUCACUGGCGUAGAACUCGAAUCUAGUAAUGCUUAGAAAAUUUUAUUUAAUUAUCUGCACCGUUUAUAAGUUAAAAUUAGUAUUAAUAAAACUGUUAAACUGACCUGUCGUCAGUGUUGCCAGAUUAUUAAUGGA